UCUUCUAGACCAAGCCCGAUACCCGCCCAUGAAUGCACGGUAGUUCCGCCAGUGUUAACUGAUGCUAUUCCCGUUGAGGCCGUUAUACCAAGACCUGAGUGGCCUCGCCCACCACGCGCUCGAAUGAUUUCCCGUAAGAGAACAGAUUUACCGGUGCCU